AUGGAUGAAUCAUGGAAGGGCAACAAUUUCCUGAAGUCGUUCGUAGGGAAAGACUUCACGGAGAGCAAGCUGAAUGCCGACGACCACGAGGUCCUGCCAGACAGCUUCAGGAACGCGGUAGAAGUGAACAGCCAACCUGUCUCAAGGAUGAAGGUCACAACCAUAUCAGGAGCUCCAGACCAUAAGGACGAGCAAGAGGAGGAGGACGGGGGUGAAGCUGCCGAUGAAGUGAAGCAGAAGAAAUACAAGUGGAAGGAGAUCAACGUCCCGGCAAUUCCAGCGGAGGAUUUGCAGCUGCUGAUGCGAGGCGGGCCUCCGUCGGGGGGGCUGGUGAGGAAAGUCAAGAACAUCACAGACGAAUUCUCUGCAGAAGACAUUUCUUUUCUGCAGCAACAGGAGCAGCAGCGAGCACAAGAGAAGCAAAGGAAAGCAGUGGAACAUGCACUCAACCGGAAGAAGGCUGGAGGAACCUCCAUGGAUGAGGAUCAACUGAGGGUGGCAGCCGCCAUCUCGGAGGCGAAGGAGACAGCAUACCGAGUCUACGAGUACAACACAUUCUCUUCGCAAGUGUUCGACGGAUACGAGAGCCACAAGAAGAGAAAGGACACGUAAAAUGGGAUGUAAU